CUAUGCAAACAACGUAUCCCAUGACCAUCCUAUCAUGCCUGGGACAGCAUUUGUCAACAUACAAGUCAGAGCACUCCAAAAUGGCGGAUCGUGAAGAGGACCCAGAGAAUGAAGACGACACAUGCGAGGUGAUCUACCUGACAGAAUAUGCCAGACGUCAACAAUGGUGGGGCCGCCUAUUUGGUGGGAACAAUUCGGGUCCUAUGUCUGAGAAGUAUUCGGUGGCCACACAAAUAGCCCUGGGGGGAGUGAGUGGCUGGUGUGCAGGAUAUCUUUUCCAGAAGGUGGGGAAGAUUGCAGCUACCGCUGUAGGUGGAGGAUUCCUGUUAUUACAGAUAGCCAACCACAGUGGCUAUGUGCAGGUGGACUGGAAGAGAGUAGAAAAGGAUGUCAACAAAGCCAAGAGACACCUGAAGAAGAAUGCUGACAGGGCUGUACCAGAGUUGAACUCACUUAUUGACCAGGUAGCCCACUGUAGCUGUCCACAGAGUUUGUGAAGACAAACGUAAUCAUCACCAGUGGAUUCUUUGGAGGCUUUUUGCUUGGUCUGGCAUCCUAAGAUAUAAAAAUAGAGACUUGCAGUUUAUUAAGGCUUUUUUUUGAGAGGUCUUGUCUGUCGUGCCCUUCUUAAAUGGUGGUUGGAAAAACAAGAACAGAUGCACAAUAUAUCAAAAUGAGCCAAAGUGUAAUUACACAAACCACAAAAGGGUAGUGCACUUGUACAUACUCUGUAAUGUGUACCUACAGUUACACAAUACCUACCCAUGUAUGUACCAUGUAAAUGCUAAAUGCUUGGUUUUAGUGCCACUUGAAACUGUAACCAAGAUUUUCUGCUUCUCCACCGAAUAAACAAAUCAUGUUUCUAGUCAGGCUUCAGCUCUGAUUCAAGAAAAUCGGGCAUGACCUAAAAGGAGUCAGUGGGUCCUGUGGGAAAUACUGGUCUACAAAACAGUUAAUCAACACUCUGUAAGAGCACACAGGUGUUGUGAUCCUGUACAUGGGAUCUAGUGGUCCUGUCCCACUCAGACUCAUGUAUUCAUCAUAUGAAAAGAUAGAAACAUACACUCAUUCAAUUGAUUUGAGCGGAUGCUGGAGAUCAAAGUGUGUACGUACAUGUAUGUAAAACGGAUAGGAAGAUGCCACACAUUGCAAUCUAAGCUGUAUUUAUUAAGAUCGACCUUGUGGUCCAUCAGACUCCCAUGCAUCCCGUAGAAGUAUACGUACAGUGUACUGUUGCAUUGGUUACAUGUACACACCUUAUUGGGCUGUAAUUCUGGACCUUAUUGGUUACAUUUGGGUCCAGUUCUUUUCCAGUUCAUUUGUUUAUAUUGUUAUUUUUGUCAAUAGUCCUAGUAUACUCAAGUCACCGCUAGUAUACACCGCUAGUAAACUCAAGUCAUGCAGUGCAUCAUGUUGCUCAGGAAACUAUGCAUGACAUGUCAUUUUCAUUGUAUGCAUUAAUUCUUCAGUCACGUUAUAUUGAGUGAUUUAGGAUUACUAUGGCAAUAUAUUUUGUCUUUACAAGCAGUGCAAUAUUUGCUUAGAGGUAGUGUAGCCUCUUCUCUUUCACAGAAAAGCUAUUUACCUUUGUUAUUGAAUGACAGUGUUGUUGUACUUUGUGUUUAUAUCCUUAAUAAAAGACAAUGCAGCAAU